AUGGGAUGGAUAGUGCGCGACUCGCCGAAAAAAAAAGAGACAAGCAACUCGGGAUCAGUCCACGUGGACUGCUUCAUAUCAACACAGGAGCAACGACCAAUAGAAAACGGUACCGCUAAUGUAUUUCUCACCUCCGCACUCACACCCGGAUCGGCUUCUACAAUAAACACACGCAUACGAUUCUCAACUUUCCAACAACGCUCUAGGGUCUCAAAUAUUGUGUGUGUACCUGAGAUAGUCGUUUUCGAAAUGACUUAA